CGCGAAAAAAUAAUUCACAAUGAUUGAAGUUAAAGAAAAAGAAAGAAAAAGAAGGCGAAGAAAAAAAUCCUGUAUUUUAAGGAAUCUACAAGAAAUUUUUCAAGUCACGACAGCGAAAAAAAAGAAGUGAAAAUUUUCUUAUAAGAGAAAAAAUUGCAAUAAGAAAACUGCAAUUAAAACGAGUGAAAAAUUGUGCAAAUUUAGAGAUUUCGUGAAUAGAAAAGCCUCGAAAAUAUAAAAUUUAUGAAAAAUUAGAGAGAAUUAAAGAAAAUUUGUAACAAUUGCUAGAUCUAAUAGUCCUUGGUUGUUAGCAAAAGGUAGGGGCGAGACACCAAUACCGGGCGCUAACAACGCCGCCGCCACCAACGCCAACACCGCCAGCCAUAAUACAGUCGUCGUCCCAAGGCAGCUUUUAAUGAAAAUGAAUAAUUUGGAUCACGUAAAAAAUUUCUAUCCGGACAAUUAUAAAUUGGAUUUAUCGGAAACAAUGAAGGCGGCCUUAUCUAAGGGUGGACCCGGCGCCAGUGGUUCGGGGGCUGGACCUUCCGGUGUGGGUGGCAUGUCUGCGCCCUCUAGUGCCGGUCCGCAUGGUACGGGUGAUAUGGCCGGCACAAGUGCUGCUGGCAUUUCUGGUGCCGGUUAUGUGACUGAAAAACUCUAUAUGCUUUUGCAAUUAUAUUUACAAAAUAAGGGCUGGAAUCCCAGUGCAGAGUUGUUGCAGUGUUUCACCGAUUUGAAAGAUAAUGCCAUGUUGCCCAGUGCAGCUUAUUUGCAAGUCUUGGCCAAUCGCAUGACAUUGGAUACCCAGGGACGUUUGAUUUUGCGUGAAAAUGGCAAAAUCGUCUUGCCCUUUGAACAUUUUGCCAAUGCUGUUAUGCUUAAGCAUAUGUCCGGUCCUCAUGGUCUGCAUUUAAGUGUUGAUGCCACAGUGAGAGCUGUCAUUGAAUCUUAUACUAUAGGCCGUGAAAAUUUUGGCAUGGAAAAGGAGUUUAUUAUAGAAGUGGUACAAUCAUGUCCCAGUCCUGCUUGUCGUUACUAUAAAAAUCAUAUUGGCAUUUCACCUCUACCAUUUAUGGAUCAACAAUUUCCCAGCGUCAAUCCAACUGAUUUUCUGCAGCAUUUGCCUCACUUGCCUCCACCCCCACCUCCUCAUGUGACUGGUAGUCAUGUGGCGGGUGGCUCAGCGGGUGGCAGUACUGUUAGUGGCCCCAGUUCGGCUGGUAGUAGCAGUUCGGCUACUAGUAGUUCUACUGGCGGUGGUGUGGGGGGAGAAGUUGAUUUGUCUUCUAAAUCAUCGCAUUCUUCCCAUCCUAAGGUACCACCUCAACUGCAACAUUUAACUAAACAACAACAGAACAGCAUACAAUCGCAAUUAUCACAAAUAAGCGCUGCGGCUGCUGCCGCCGCUGCUGCAGCUGCUGCCAAACAACAACACCAGCAACAGCAGCAACAACAACAGCAACAACAUCAUCAACAACAGCAACAACAAGCCGCCGUAGCAGCAGCUGCUGCAGCCGCCGCCGCCCAACAACAGCAGCAACAACUAUCGGCUCUCAUACAACAACAACAGAAUCGUGCUUUAGCUCAGCAAAGUCUAGAAAAAUUUAGCACUCUUUCAGCAUUAGAGAAACAACGUGUACUCUCUCAACUGGAUCCCAAACAUUUUGAUCCCACCACUAUGGCCGUUGCUGCGGCUGCAGCUAAUUUACAAAUGCAAGGUCUUAUGCAGUCUCAAGCUGCUGCUGUGGCGGCCGCUGCUGCAGCUGCUGGUCAAAAUUCGGCUGCUCAAUCAGCUGCAGCAGUUUCUGCUGCUGCUAUGGGUCUACCAAAUGCUUCUCCCAAUCCGGGUGUUCCCAUUGUACCGCCACCGCAUCACAACAUUCAUCAUCCUUUGCCACCACCACCCCAAUCGCCUACAGCUCAUAGUGCUAGUGGUUCUAGUAGUGGUAGUGCUGCUGCCAUGGGACGUCAUGAUAGUUCUCCCUCCACAUCUGAACAUUCAGUGCAGCAGAUAGUGCAGAAAAACGUUGAAACCUUGCGUGCCAGUUUGGAAUCUUUGGAAUCGAAUAAAGAUCUAUUGGCUUUGCACAACAUUGCUUGGUCCUCCACCGAUGUGAAUGGCCGCGAGGGUUGGCCUUUAGGUCAGGAGAAAAUCAUACGUAUAUUUGCCGAACUUAUGCGUAAUAUGGCACGUAUGAAAACCUACAUACGUCCAUCAAUGUGCAAACCAUAUGGAAAACAAAGUGAAGCACUACAAAAAACUCUCUUAGACACCAUACAAAUUGUGCAGUCUUUGCGCAAUUCUCUGCCACCACCACAUAUACAAGUAUCAUCUUGGAAAAGUGAAAGUGAGGGUACAUCGAAUUUACAAGGUGGCGGUAAUGGUGCUGUAGGUGGUGUUGUAGGUAUGGGAAAUCCUCCAUCAGGAUCUCCUAUGAUGGGUGUAGGUAAUGGUGCUACAUUAAUGGGUAAUAUGACUCCACAACGUAUGGAAAAUUUAAGCAAUUCAAUAUAAACAUAAAACAGAAAUAAAACGUGUGUGCUUUUUUUGAUCUCUUACUCUUCCUCGAUUAUAUUGUGGGUUAAUGACAAACCUUGAAAACGCUCAAAGUGAAAACAAAAAUU